AUGAAGAGAGAAGGAGAAUUGGACAAGGUUCUGUCAUGGGCCAACAUUUACCCCUGUGCACACCAGCUGUGGAUGGGGAAUUUUAUCAGUUUCCUGAACAUCUAUGACCCUGACUACACCAAGGUUGUGUACAGUCGAGGAGAUCCCAAGGCCAUGGAUAUAUAUAGUUUCUUCUUACCAUGGACUGGGAAGGGGCUAGUGCUCUUGGAUGGGCCCAAGUGGUUUCAGCAUUGGAAACUGCUCAUGCCUGCCUUUCACUCAGAGGUCCUGAAGCCAUACGUGGAUCUGUUUGUGGAGUCUACCAAAGCCAUGGUGGACAAAUGGGACAAGAAUAUUCAGAAGGACAAGUGUGUAAACAUCUACCCAGAUGUGGGUCACAUGACUCUGGUCAGUCUGAUUAAAUGUAUCUUUGGAAGGAGCAGUAAAAGUCAUUUCUUCCUCUCUUUGGCCCCUGCAGUGGACACCAGAUACCAUCAGGCCAUUGGGGAACUCACCCUGUUGAUGCAAGAGCGACUGGCAAUCUUCCAGUAUCACAACGACUUCUUCUAUUAUUGGUUCACGCUACAUGUCUGGAAGUUCCUUCAGGCCUGCAAGAUUGCUCAUGACCACACUGACAAGGUGAUUAGGGCCAGAAAGGCUGCCCUGAAGGAGGAGGAGGAGCAGGAGAAGAUUCAGGAGAAGAAAUGCCUGGAUUUCCUGGACAUUCUUCUUGGGGCUGGAGAUGAGAACAGGAAUAAAUUGUCAGAUGCAGACUCAUGGGGUGAGGUGGACACAUUCAUGUUUGAGGGUCAUGACACCACUGCCAGUGGCAUCUCCUGGUUCCUGUACUGCAUGGCUCUCUACCCAGAGCACCAGCAGCUAUGCCGGCAGGAGGUCCAGGACAUCUUGGGAAAUUGUGACGCUAUCCAAUGGGAAGACCUGGGGAAAAUGACCUACCUUACCAUGUGCAUCAAGGGGAGUUUCCGCCUAUAUCCCCCAGUGCCCCAGGUAUAUUGCCAGCUCAGCAAGCCUGUUACCUUCAUGGAUGGGCGGUCGCUACCUGAAGGCAGCUUGGUCUCUCUCCACAUCUAUGCACUCCACAGGAACCCAGCCCUGUGGGACAAGCCUGAGGUGUUUGACCCCCAGUGCUUCUCUUCAGAGAAUUCCUCUACCCGUCACCCCUAUGCAUUCAUUCCCUUCUCAGCUGGACCCAGGAACUGCAUUGGGCAGCAGUUUGCCAUGACAGAGAUGAAAGUGGUCACAGCCCUCUGUCUCCUUCACUUUGAGUUUUCUCUAGAGCCCUCGAGGCCGUCCAUCAAAUGGCUUCAGCUCGUCCUGGGCUAUCAGAAUGGCAUGUAACUUUACUUGAAGAAGCUGACCUAG